AUGGGUACUCUAAGCAACCCAAAAACUUGGGUACCAUAUAUAAAUACUAAGGACUGUUCUCAGGGUUUUUGUAGCUUAUACUGCCCACAAUGGUGCUACAUCAUCUUCCCUCCUCCACCUCCGUUUGUAUUUCCCGACGAAAAAUCGGGCCCGAAUUUUUCCCCUCUUGUUAUUGCAAUCAUUGGCAUUUUAGCAAGUGCCUUCCUUCUUGUUAGUUACUAUGCUAUAAUCUCCAAGUAUUGUGGGAAUAGAGAUUCAUCAAGAAGAGAAAUUCAUGACCCAAAUGUGGAAUUGGAAGAAAAUCACGAUCCAUCAAACCAUGAGCCCUGGCAUGUUGCUGCUAAUGGUUUAGAUGAGGCUCUGAUCAAGUCCAUUACAGUAUGCAAGUAUACAAAGGGAGAUGGACUAGUCGAAGGGACAGAUUGCUCAGUUUGUCUGAGUGAGUUUGAAGAAGAUGAGAGCCUAAAGCUCUUACCAAAAUGUAGCCAUGCUUUUCAUGUUAUAUGCAUUGAUACAUGGCUUAGGUCUCACUCAAAUUGCCCUCUAUGUCGAGCCACCAUAGUUUUUGUCAGCGCUUCACCGCCUCUAUUGCCUCCUCCAAUCACUGACACUCCUACAACUAAUGAACCUCAACACCAUGGUCCCCAUGAGAGUGACAAUGUAACUAUUGAGCAAAACACAGAGAUUUGCAUUAGAGAAGAAGAAGAAAGCUCAGGGAGUGAUGUUGUUCUAGAGGCCCCAAUAAGAGCACAUAGCGAUUUAGGUGACUCGAAGGAGCAUGACACCAUUAUUGAGAUUAGGGAUGAAGAUCAACAGAUUAGAAGAUCAGUAUCAAUGGAUUAUUCAUGUCAAACCCGGGUUUCAAUUAGUGAUAUCUUGCACAUCAAUCAAGAUGAAGUUUUCCAAAUCGAAGAAUGCAGGUUUGCAGGAUGA